AUGGUUUACUUUGACUCCUGGGAUGAAUUUGCAGCGGCUGUUGAACAGCUAUGCAUCGCUGAACCUAAUAAGGUAAGAAUAUUUUAAUUCUGACAAGCUUUUCGAAGCCAGCCUUUAUUUAUAUUUCGCUGCACGUGUUUAAUUUUUUUAUGAAGCUACUUCAAGAUGACGUGUUGUUAAGUGAUUUUUUCUUUAUUUCAGUUUCGUUUUGUUAUAAAGUAUCGUCAUUGCGAUGGAAAACUUGUGCUCAAAGGAACUGACGACCAAGUUGUGAGUAUUUAUUUCUUUCCUACAAAAGUGACGCUAUCUUAGCUUAAGUUUGAAUUUUCCUCACAGUCCAAAACACCGAACACCGAACUCAUUAUUGGAAGUAAAAAUUGAUACUGGUUUUCAGCCCAGUUGUUAGGUUUAUUUAUUUUAUAUACCUGUCUAUGUAGCAAGCAGGUCACUCGCUCAGUACUGAGCAUUUAAGGUCGCACUUAAAAAAUUGUGAAAGUUUUGAAUGCAGGGUACUGAAGCGUAAAAAAUUUUUGAAAUGGUAUUUUAACAGUGCAACUUCUGUAACCCGGGCCACCUAGACACAGGUGACCAAUCAGUUUACAGGAAAAUAACAGUAUAUACCGAGAAAGUUACUCGGUCAAUCAUAAUUACUCGGAAAGAAAGUAAACAACAUGGAUCGAAUUUAGCUAGAUUAAGAAUACCCGUCCACUUACAUUGAACCAAGAAAAUCUGCCACUACAGUCCCAGAGUAAUCUAUAAUUUACACAUUUCAAUAAACGAAGUAAUGAAGUGAAACAAGCACACUAUACACAUGUACAUCUCAUGUAUCCGUCAUGUCUUUAAUCCACAAAUCCCAACCACCGCAGUUUAAAAUAAAUCUGCAGCCUUUUGUACUAAACUUAUUGGGCCAAAUAUUUAAACGUAACUUAGCCAGUGUUUAACAAAACAUCAUCAUUUUAUUGUGAACAGUUUGAUGAAAGCACAUAGAGAAAACUAGACAAGCAUUUAUCUUCUUAAAACAACCCACCAAAGAAGAGAUCUGGAAGUUCAAAGAUUUGUUAAACCGCAGAUUAAGUUAAACUUCAUUUAAAUAUUUGACCCAUUAUCCGGCAAUAUUUUGAGACUGCAGUUUAACGUUUUGUUCUUAACAUUCUUGUUCAUUGACUACAGGAUUACAGACCAAGGUAGCAGUCCAUUUAACUGCUUGUCUUUAACAUUCUUGUUCAUCAUUUUCAUGUAACUGCUUGUUUUUAACAUUCUUAUUCAACGACUUCGGGACCACAGUGUCAAGGUAGUAGUUCUGCCUCUAAGUGGUCAGGUAUUCCAUAAUUGCCCCCUUCUUUCUAUUUGCAAACACAUUUACUUAACAAUCUGGGACAACAGUCUCCCUCUUCCCCAGACAAUGUCGUUUUUGGGCCAUGGCAACAAAGGAAAUUACUUGUGAAUGUUUAAAUACAAGACUUGUCGAGAUGGAGAAAACGGUGUUUAAAAACAAGUCAAAAAGACACCAUACACAUGUUUCCAAGGCUAAAUACCUGUAGUAUUCUAUCACCAAUCAUAUGGAAAGGAGCAUUAAUCCUUAGCCCCAAUAAGCACACACAAAAUAAUUCUCUAGACUGAUCUUCAUACACUUCAGAAAUAAUUAGCUGAGACAAUUUUAUUUUGAUGAAUGACCAAAGCGUUUCCCCUUUGGUGACUGUUGUAUAACCUUUUUGCUUGAUAAGUAUUGUUGAUGUAAGGAGAAAAUAGGGUUCACACAGUCUUGGAAAAGUCCUUGAAUUUUAGGGAAAGUCCUUGAAAAGUCCAUGAAUUUUCUUCAACUUUGAAUGUGGUGGCCUGGAAAGUGUUUUUUGGUACUUUUUGGUUGUCCGAGACAAAAUAUAAAUCAUAGCUCAGAGAAUUUAAAGGUUAUUUACAUAAAGUGUUCAAUGUUUUAUGCAUUAAUUAACUAUCAAUUUAAGACAAGUGAACUGAAAAAUUUUUACAAGAUGGUGAAGCAAACAAUUCAAGCCCUUAAAGCCUUAUUAGAAUAGACUGGGAAGGUACAUUUAUGUACAGUCUGUGAAAUUAUGUUCCUAGAAGGUGGUCCUUGAAAAUCUAAUGUGGCCCUUGAAAAGUCCUUGAAAAAUGGUUGCAAUUUUUUGUUUGAACCCUGUACAUGUUAGGCACCCUUGGAAAUAAAAGGGUUAAGUUUGAAGUGCUCUCUUUUUCUCCUUAGCCAGGGGCGUCGCCAUCUUUUCAACUAGUUGUAGGCCUGGCUCACUUUCAUUUCCACAUAUCCUGAAAAUUGCACACAUGACUAGUACGCACUGACUUCACCAACACAUUGAAGCCUUAUUAAGCUUUUUAGCUCACCCCAACAAUGAAUAAUUUACUACAAGCAGUUAAGUGAUCAAACCAAAAGUUUGUAGGUCUAAGGGCUGGCUACGCUCCUGUUGCCCUUGUAACACAGGGGUUUCAAUAAAAAUUGAAGUAGCCAGCAGUUUGGAUAGAGUAACCGACUGUAUCAAAAAGGGGUGGUUGGUCCCCUUUUGUAGGGGGGGGGGGAGGGGGAGUCAAAGCGCGUUCUGCCCCAGAAAAUUUUGAAAUUUCAAAGCCCUAAAAAUGCGAUUUUCAGCGUUCUGGUGACUAAAUUUGAGAACAAAAGAGCGUCUUUUUCAUUCAAGAAAAUGUAGCUUUCAAUUUACCAGUCACACAAUCAAUUCCUACGAGUAUUGAACAAAUGAUGAAAACUAAAUUACGUGCUUUUGCACAUAAACAAAUUAUGCAUAAACCUGUAAGAAACUGUUGAAAAAAUGACUGAACUAUAGCGUUCACAUGACUAAAGCAUAACGUUCCUUUUCCUUUCGGAAAACAAAUCAUAAUUACGUUUUCAUUUAGAUUUUAUGAUAUAUUUUUUGUUUAAACCGUUAUUCAAACUAGUUGCUUCUUCUUUCUGUAAAAGAGUAGCCGACCUCUAUGAGCAAAGAAGCCGAUGUGUUUUGUCGGCCGUCGGUGCUUAUUGAAACCCGUGGUAACACAUAUCAUUUUAUCAAUAAUAAUUAUUAUUUUCUCUUACUCUUUCAGUGUUUGAAAUAUAGGACAGAACAUCAACAGGAUAUCAAGAAACUAGAGAAACUAAACAGUGUUUUAAUGAGGCAUGCGGUUGCCAAAUAACAGUAAAAAUUCCUGUUUAUUUAUAUCAACAACAAUAACGGAGCCAAGAAUGUUUUACGGAGAUAUGACGGAAAGCAUCCCAGUGCAAGUCAGAUCAGUAAAAAAUGUGAAAAGAAAAACAAUGUAUUUUUGUUCGCAAAUGACUGUGUAAUAAUGAUACCUUCCAUC